AUGUCGAACUUUAGCUGCUCUGGCGAUCCUAUCACCGUUGCAUGCCUUAACCUCGGAGAAGCUAUUUUCACCAUAGCUAGUAUGCUCACUGUAAUGCUGGUAAUCAUCCUUGGUAAUCUUCUCGUUGUGCUGACCGUAUACCGUGACCGUAAGUUGCGUCUGCAACGGCAGAACUGGCUCAUCAUCUCGCUAGCACUGGCUGAUUUGUUGGUCGGACUGCUUGUCAUGCCGCUAACUCUUAUCUAUGAAAUUAUUGGAGAAUGGAAAAUGGGUAACGUACUUUGCGAAAUGUGGUUAGCGCUUGACGUACUUUUCGUGACCGCUUCGAUUUUGCACAUCUGUGCAAUAUCACUAGACCGAUACUUCUCGGUCACGUCACCACUUUCCUAUCCAGCCAAACGUACUCCAUUAAGAAUGUUUAUCUACAUCGGAGUUGCAUGGGUCGUUUCCUUGCUGAUAUGUCUGCCUCCCAUAUUCGGUUGGCGCCCCGAACGCCGUCCGGGUGAAUGCGCAGUGAGCACAGAUAUAGGUUACGUUCUGUAUUCCUCACUCGGAUCAUUUUACAUCCCUGUCAUUAUACUGGUUAUCGUAUACGCAAAGAUCUACAGUAUUACCAUUAAACACAGCCGACAACGAUUAAAGGAAACAGAACGCCGCGAUAAUACGCUCAAUCUGCUUACUGCGAAGCCUUCAACGAAACAGUUGGUGGAGUUGGAACUACUUGAAGAUACUUCGGAUCCUGACGAAAAAGACAUUUGCAACAAUAGGGCAGCAAUCAAUCAAGUUUGUUGGCAAUUAAGAAAAAUAUCGGAAGAACUACCCACAAUGAAGUUCAAAAAGAUCAGCGCAACUCAACGUUUUCUAAAUGCUUUCGAUGUAAAGAAACCAACUAUUCCAAAAGGCGAAAAAGAGCUGGCGGCUGAACGGCGCAGAAGAAAGUUGAAAGCAAAAGAGAGACAAGCCACGCUACUUCUUGGAAUCAUCCUUUCGGCAUUUAUACUUUCAUGGCUUCCAUUUUUUGUUAUGUAUGUUAUCGGAGCGUUUGGGUACGAAGCUCCCGCAGUAGUGUUCAAAUUUUUCUUCUGGUUGGGUUACUGUAAUUCUGGCAUCAAUCCUGUUAUUUACACAGUUUUCAACAGAGAAUUUAAACGUGGACUUUGCCGCCAACUUCGAAAAUUCGAACGAUAUGUUGAACCUAUUAUCGGAUUUUACAAAUGA